GAGAGAGAAAAACACAAAUUUUCAAAGAAACUCAAAAACGGCCCACAAGAGGCCCGUGCGUUUUUUUUUUCGCCGUCUGCUUCCCCUUCCGUCGGCUGCCCUUCCGUCCGCUGACCUCCUCCUCCUUCCCUCCUCCUGUCUCUCUCUCGCUACCCUCUCGCUCCGAAGACGACUGUUGGGCCGCCGCCGCCGCCCUAGCCCAGGUGCUGAGGCUUUCCUUGGUCUCUUCGCCGGCGACGAGCACCCACCAGAAAUCCUAGCUGCUUCGAGUAUGGAGGUGCUGUUUGGAAGCAACAACCAUGGCGGGGACAAGGCCGCUGAUUUGGCCUCGCUUAUAAUUGCCCAGGCUGCCUUGGAGGUGCCAAGGUUAUUUGGGAUCUUUGCUAUGAUUCUGCAUAAUGAAAUCUUUACAUCUGGAGAUCAGAAUUUGAUUAAUAGGAUUCUUAGCAAAAGCAAAAAUGAAACUGAUCCUGAGAACAAAGAUGAUGGAGAAUCUGAUGAUGAUAAUGAUGAUGAUGAUGGAGACGAUGAGGAUGCUGAAAACCAAGAAGAAGAUGAUGGUGGUGACGAGGGAUCAGAUGACAAUGGGAAUGAGGAGGAAGAUGACGACGACGACGAUGAUGACGAUCCUGAAGCUAAUGGUGAAGGAGGAAGCGAUGAUGAUGAUGAUGGUGGAGAGGAUGAAGAGGAGGAUGACGACGAUGACGACGGGGACGGUGACAAUGACGAAGAUGAUGAGGAAGAAGAGGAAGAGGAGGAUGACGAUGACGUCCCCCAACCACCUACUAAGAAGAGGAAAUGAUCGAUGCCUGUUCGCCCCUGCGCAGCAGUAUACUGUUUAGUGGGUAGGGGGUUUUUAGCUUGGUCGUGGACGAUUCAUAGCCUAGUUUGGAAACAAAAAGAAACAUUUAAUUGUGCAUGUACUAUUAAACCAUUCCUUUAAUCAUGUAUCUCAGAUUGCUAUCUACCCCUGUGAUACUCAGAAUGGUUUCUAAAUUGUGUUUGCAAGUUUUGUAUUGCAAUUCGACAA